ACUUUGACAUCUGUCAAAUCGCCCUUUCACCAGUUCAGCCACGUUCGGCAUAAUUUUUCUGCAAAGUCUGCUAGUGUAAAAAUCUCCGAAAAUCCGGAUUUCAUCGCAAGAAAACGGAAUAACUACGGUCCACCGCGCUGACGAUGAAUGAGACCAUUGCCUGCACGCCGGAAUCGGCGGUUUUCGAAGCCCCACAGCUGCAGUUCAACGAAGAAGGAUGGGGUCCGUGCGAGCUUCCGGAUGCGUUCAAGGACAUCCCGUACCAGCCGUUCAGCAAGAGCGACCGCUUGGGCAAAAUCUCGGACUGGACCGGCACGGCCCAAACCGACAAGAAGUAUCCCAAUAAGUACGCUUCUCAGUUUGGCGGUGGCAACCAGUACGCGUACUACCAUGAAGAGGACGAAACGACGUUCCACCUGGUGGACAGCGCUAGGAUUCAGAAGCAACCGCAUCAACGCGGACGCUUCCGCGGAAAUUUGAGGAAUCAACGUGGCCGUGGACGCGGAGGCCGUGGUGGAGUGCAGGCCGGUGGAAUGACUACCCUGUCGAAGAAUGCCACCAAGGGACGUGAUCAGCGCCGCGGAACAACCCGUAAAUGGGGUGCCCGUCCGCCUCCGAAGAUUCGUGACGCUUCCGUUGCUGUCCGGCCGGAUUGGGUCACCGUGGAGGAAAUGGACUUCCCACGGUUGAGCAAACUGUCGCUACCGAACGUUGAGAAGGGAGAGGACAUCACCACUUGCGGAACGCUGGAAUACUACGACAAAACGUACGAUCGCGUCAAUGUCAAGAACGAGAAGCCCUUGCAGCGUGUUGACAGAAUCUUCCACACCGUUACGACCACCGACGAUCCCGUCAUCCGUCUACUGUCGAAGAGCCACGGUAACGUUUACGCUACCGAUGCCAUUCUGGCCACGAUCAUGUGCUGCACAAGAUCCAACUACUCGUGGGAUAUCGUCAUCGAGAAGAUCGGAGACAAGCUGUUUAUGGACAAACGGGACAAUACGGAGUUUGAUCUGCUGACCGUUAACGAGACAGCUAUCGAACCUCCUAAUGAAGAUGGAAAUUCAUUGAACUCUCCCAGAAAUUUGGCCAUUGAGGCAACCUUCAUCAACCACAAUUUCAGCCAACAGGUGCUGAAGAGUGGCGAGAAGGAACCCAAGUACAAGUUCGACCAGCCGAAUCCAUUCAUCGGAGAUGACGAGGAUGGUGAAGUGGCCAGUGUUGCUUACCGAUACAGGAAGUGGGACUUGAACAAUGGAAUCGAACUGGUUGCCCGUUGCGAACACGAUGCAGUCCUUCUCACCCCUCAAGGAGACACUCAGUUCCUCACGAUAAAGGCCCUUAACGAGUGGGACUCGAAGGUGGCCAACGGUGUCGAAUGGCGCCAGAAGUUGGACACCCAGCGUGGUGCCGUUUUGGCCAACGAAUUGCGCAACAACUCCUGCAAACUGGCCAAGUGGACCGUGCAAGCCUUGUUGGCCGGUUCCGAUCAAAUAAAGUUCGGAUACGUGUCCCGUGCCCAUGUGCGAGAUUCUUCGCGACACGUUAUCCUCGGAACGCAACAGUUCAAGCCGCAAGAAUUCGCCAACCAGAUCAAUCUGAGUAUGGACAACGCCUGGGGCAUUCUGCGUUGCAUCAUCGACAUCUGCAUGAAGCAGAAGGAUGGCAAGUAUCUGAUCAUGAAGGACCCGAACAAGCCGAUGAUCCGGUUGUACGACAUUCCGGACAACACGUUCGAAUCGGACGGCGAAGAGGAGGAAGGUGACGAUGGCGAAGCGUUCCAAACAUACGCGUAUGGACCAUCGGCUGCUACAACGGCUGCGGCCACCGCUGCUGCCAAUGCCGCCACAGCUGCAGCUGCUGUUGCUGCCGCUGCGGCCGCGGCCGCUACAACUACUCCGGCUGCCACUGAGACAGUCGCUACUGCUACCACUGAAGCCACAACCCCAACGACCGCUACCAAGACAACUGCCCCAGCGGCAGCACAAAAGUAAGAUAAUUGUACUGAUUAUCUUUUCAGCAAAAAAAAACGCCUCUUUGUAUGGUAAAAGUGGAGCAACCCCCCAGUUUAGCGAAACAGCCGCAGCAGCAGCCUAUAUUAUUAGCCUAUAAAUUUAACAACUAAUCAUUCAAAUAUUACUCUAUUCACUAAGGGAAAAAACUUCUUUGUGCUCUUUAGAACGGAGAAAGUAGGUUGGUACGAUGAAAAUAUUAAAGUUCUCCCGGUGGCGGAUGCGAACCGUUGCUGGAUGGACACCAAAAAAAA